AUGUCGGGCGUGGGCACGAGUAGUGCACCAGCACGCCAGCUGGACGUGCGUAGCAAAGCUAGUAGAAGCACUGGUAUCGUUCAGGCGUUAGCAAUGUCGGGUUUCAGCAGGGCUCUCUCCGACUCUCUCGGAAUUAGAUUUUUGAAUCCAAGUAUUGCCGGUAUUCACAACAAAUGGUGUCCCGCCAGCAUCGAUGCCAGAACAGGGUUGCUGCCGAGGCACGACCUUUGUUGA